AUGCAAAAAGCAUCUUCCUCAUCGUCCUCAGCCGUCUCUACUACCAACAAACCAUCAGGUAUCACCACAGAGGUAAGGUCUCUGUAUGAGGCUACAUUACCAGUGUAUGUUUUUCGGGAUCAAUGUCCCAGCACAACUACAUGCAGUGACGGAUAUAGUGAGGCAAAACUAUUCAUGAUUAAAAUAACAAUAUCAUGCAACUCUGCCUGCUUGCCCUCAACUGUGCUUCCAUCAGCUUCAUCCCUCUCACAAAAGAAGUCUCCCUUCAAUACGACUAUCCCUAACUUUAACAGCCUUAUUUUUACGCUUACUGAUGAUAACGAUCUUUAUUUUUUAUACACAGCCCAAAUAGACGAAUGCAGCUACAGAAAUUUGAAAAUGUCUCAACGCAUCAAAACAGAUUUCUCUCAAUUUUCUUCCCAUUUAGAACAAAUGUUUGAAAUGUGUAGCAACUCUCACUCAGAAAACAAACAAGAUUGGUACAUUAAACUUUCAGUGAAUCAAGGAAAAGGCAAGUCAAUAAUGGAGAUUAUCAAUGCUGAUAUGUUUAGUGAAAGCUCCAAGUUUCAUUUGGAGCUAGUAGAAGGAUCAAACGAACAGAAAAAAGAAUAUUUAGCAAAUCAGCUGAAAUAUUGGAAACAAAUUGCUCAAGAAAACGAAAAGUUAUUUAAUAACUGUGACACUGAUUCGAAGCAAAAACUAGAACACUAUGAGUCAAUUAUUGCAGAGUUAAAAGAAGAGAAACAAGAACUUCUUGUUAAGUUUGAAAAGGAAAUUACUGGAAAUACUUGCAAGCUAAAAGAAGAAAUCACAAGACUGAAAGAGAAGCAUCUAGAAGAAAUGCAACGACAACAGAAAAGAAUGGAGGAUGAGAGAAGAGAAGCUGAAGAUAAGCGUGUAAGCGAAACCAAAGCGCUCUCAACCAAGCUUGAAGAAUAUCGAAACAACAACAAUGAGCUUACAUCGGCAAAGUUCAGUCUGGAGGCUGAUUUGCGACAACAGUUAAGCAAAACAUCUCAGCUAGAAAAUGAAAAAAAAGCAUAUUUGGAGGAAGUUACAAAACUCAGAGAACAAAAUCGAGAAUUAGAUAUUUUACGUUUUGAUCAUGAAAAGAAAAUUAGAGAGUUGGAGACCAAACUACUAUUAAAUGAAGAAAUCAUGAAAGAAAAAGGGUUAAACCUCAAAACAUUGAAUGAACACCUAAAAGAGAAGGAACAACAAGAAUUGAGCAAAGCAGAAAUCAUUGCUGAGCUAAAAUCUAAGAUUGAUAUUCAAGAGAGAGACAUUAACGAGAAAAGUUCUGAUCUUAAGAGAUGCCAUGAAAUUAUAAAAAGGUUUAAAGAGCGAGAAGAUUUUCUGAUCGAAAAAGAAAAAGAAAGAAAACUCAAAAUGCAAGCAAUGCAACACUCACUCAAGAAAAAGGAGCAAGAAAAGAAUCAAUUAAUUCAAACAGUUGAGAAGAGAAAUCAUACAAUUCAAGAGUUGGAGUCAAACCUGAGAGUCCUACAGCAAAAGUGUAAUGAUUCAGAAUCUCAAUUGACGGAAGCCUUAAAGAAAGUUGAGCAGUCUCAAUUCACAAUCGAUGCAAUGCUCAGUAGUAAGGGAAAACUUGGUACCACUAGCUUUGUGGAUAGUCUUGGAACUUUUGGCUUAAACUCGAGUAGUGCUGGAACGUAUACUACUGACUAUUCGACUUCUGAGCGAUCCCUAUCUACGUUGCAACCAGAACAAGCGUCUAAGCUUGACAAUUUUACGAAUUACUACAAAACUGCAAGAUUUGGAAUUGAGGAACAUGCCACGAGCACGGACACAAUGUCAACACCAGAAAAAACAAACUUCACUUUUUCUCUUAGCAGUAUUUCUCCAAACAAUAGCAAAUCGAAAUCCACAUCACCUACUUCAUUGAAGAAGAAUAUUGUUUCAUUUGAAACUGGAAGUAAAGAAUGGGCCGAAAGUCUAUAG